AUGGAGUCAACGAUAUUCCACCCACAAGGCGGUGGUCAACCGUCCGACACAGGGUUCAUUACAAUAUCCGAUUUGAACCUCAAGUUCGUCGUGCAAGAUGUUCGACCCAAAGAUGGAAUUGUGUUUCAUUAUGGAGUUGUUGAGGGUGCGGAUGAGGAAUGUGAAUUUGAGAUGGAGAAAGGAAAAGAAGUUCUUUUGUUUGUUGAUGAGUCAGGGCGCCACCUUAAUUCCAGAUUACACUCGGCUGGACAUUUACUGGAUGUAUGUAUGCAAAAAGUUGGGCUAGGGCAUCUGGAGCCUGGCAAAGGAUACCAUUUUCCAGAUGGGUAUGCUAUAAAUAAGUAUUAGAAUUGCAUUAGGACUGUCUAUCAUCUAAUUUCCAGUUGUACAAGGAACACGUGAGCUUCAACAUUUAAUUACCUCUGAUGUUUUGUUUCCUCUCGAUAUAAUGGGUGUGGUUUGUUACAAUUAUAUAAUGUGACUAAGGAAAAACUUUCUCA